GACUGUGGAAGGCAUUACAGGCAGCCAGGGCCUGGGUUGAGGGGAUGGGCUGUUGAACUGCGGAAGGCCUCAGCCCCCGGUGUGUGAGUGACGGUAUUUGAAGCCCAAUCCCCAGGUCUCUCUCUCUCACCCGGGAUCCUGGAUCACAAGCCGCCACGAGGCCUCAGGCUCCAGCGAUAACUUCCGGGUGUUCUCUCCGCCACUGAUCGGACACAGGGAUGCCAGUAGGUGAGACUCAGCCGCUACUCUUUGAGCAGCAGAAGCAGAGGGCUGUGGACAUCGUGCGACUGCUUUCCAGCUAUUCACACAUCCUGGAUACCUACGUGAUAGAAUUUUUCAGUGAAAACCUAUGGGAGAAGGUGCCACGUUCCUGGCGAGCGACACUAUCCAACCUGACCACCCCACAGAUGUCAACAUUGCUGCUGGAACAAGGACCUUGCAAGGGACGGGAGUCGGUGUGGCCACUCUCGCUGCUGGCGUACCGGGCGUCCGCACACGCGCUGGCUUUCUCCCGCCAGCCCCGGGGCGGCUCGCCCACUCCGCCGGGGGAGGGUGGCAGGCCGGAGGAAUUCCGGGCCAACGGGAGCCAGAGCUCGAAGCUGAGCCACCACUUCCGGAGGCACGUCAAACCCAAGAAGCAGCACGAAAUCCGGAGGCUGGGAGCGAUGGUUAAGAAGCUGUGUGAGGCCACCGGCUGUGAGCAUGUGGUGGAUAUUGGAUCGGGACAGGGCCACCUCUCUCGCUACCUUGCCUUCGGACACGGGCUGCGUCUCACUGGGGUGGAGGCUGGAGAGGAGCUGGUGACCAUGGCCAGGCGGUUUGACAAAGACCUGCUGCUGAGCCUGAAGAAAGAAGCGGCGAGGAAAUCACAGAGCGACAAGAGGAGCCGAGAGAUCCUGGGCAUGGAGCCCGACCGCAUCCCACUUCCCCACCACCUGCUGGGGUGGGUGGACCCCAGGGCACCGUGGGAGGACUUCCUUCAGCUGCUGGAGUCGGAGGGCAGCCCCGAGGGGGAGGGGUGGAGGGCGGGACGCCCCUUCGUGCUGACAGGGCUCCACACCUGCGGGGACCUGGGCCCCGCCGCCCUCCGUCACUUUGCUCGUUGCCCCAGCGCGCUGGGGAUCACCGCCGUCUCCUGCUGCUACAUGAAGACCACCACCGCGGGCGAGCCGGCAUCUCCACCCGGGGGUGGGGCCUCCGAGGCCGGGUACCCCAUGAGCGCCUGGAUCCGGGGGCUCCCGGCACACAGGCUGCCCUACAAACUCCGCGAGCUGGCCUGCCACGCCCUCGAGGACUACGCCGCCCGGCUGAGGGAGGAGGGCGCAGGGCUACGGGUGCACUGCUACCGGGCGGUGCUGGAGACCAUCAUCAGGCAGCUCCAGCCCUCGCUCAGAAGGCCGGGGGUCCAGACCUCCAGGAAGACCCACCUGCUCCCCUUCGAAGACUAUGCCCGUGCUGCUCUGCAGAAGCUGGGUCUGGACGCUGGAGUCCAGUGGGAUGCCAGUCUGGUGCAGUCGCUGCUGGCGCAAGAGAGGAUGGUGGUGGCCUACUUCUGCCUGAACCUGCUGCUGGCCCCGGUGAUCGAGACCCUCAUCCUCCUGGACCGGGUCCUCUACUUGAAGGAGCAAAGCUAUCAGUGCGAGUUGAUCCCACUGUUCGACCCCACGUUCUCCCCCAGGAACUUUGUGCUGGUGGCGGCAAAGGUGGGGGUUCGAGUCAGCGACCUCCUCUGCCCGGAAGAGGGCCGUGAGGUUUGAUCCCCCCCCAACCCCGGGGGGGGCGGGGGGUGCGAAGACACCCACCCCUGUGACGGACAAGCUCCCAUCUCGGUCGGCCGCCGACGAGAACGAUCCCGCACCCUGAAACUUCAACCGAUCUGUAAUCCUCGCUGCCUGGCUGUGGAUGGUUUCUGUGGAUCUGCUCUCUCUCUCUCCCCCUCUCUCUCUCUCUGUCUGUCUGCAAAAACAAAAAAUCUACAGAGAAAUCGGUGAGCAGCUUUCUUCGAUGGGUGAGCUGUUUAGAUUCGGGUUACGGUCGACACUCCUGCCUCCAGAGCUCGGAGUUAGUUUGAGGUGUGUGUGUGUGUGUGUGUGUGUGUGCACGCGUGUGCCUGUCUACAGAGUGCAGGCAUGAACUCGAUGGGCUGAAUGGCCUCCUUCUGUAUGCCAUAAUGACUAUAAUUUUACAGAGAGAGAGAGAGAAGUGGGAACAUUACCUGUUGAGAGACUCCAAGCUUGUGAGGCAAACAAAGGGAUUUGAGAUUCCAGUUACUGUGGUUGUCCGUCAGUCUCGGGAGAGGCUGGACCAUGCCCGGGGUGUAUGUACCUCACUUCUGGAUUGAACUCCGUCUGGUGUGAGUGCAGAGGCUGAUUUGUGAGUACCACAGCGGGCACAGAUCAACAGUGCUGUCCCGAGGUUGACUCUGAUCUUUCACUGGCCUUUCUUUUCUUCCUUUCCACCCCCCACCCCAUCCCCCACCCCAAUCUCCGGACGUUCCCCCUGCCUUUUCCACUCUGUUCCCCCAUCUCCGAACGUUCCCCCUGCCUUUUCCACACUGUUUUCCCCCCCCCAACUCCGGACGUUCCCCCUGCCUUUUCCACUCUGUUCCCCCAUCUCCGGACGUUCCCCCUGCCUUUUCCACACCAUUCCACCCCCCCCCCCCCCAAAUCUCCGGACAUUCCUCCUACCUUUUCCACACUGUUCCCCCUCCAUCUACGGAUGUUCCCCCUGCCUUUUCCACGCCGUUCCCCCCCCACUUCCAUCUCCGGACUUUCCUCCUGCCUUUUCCACACUGUUCCCCCUCCAUCUCCGGACGUUCCCCCUGCCUUUUCCACUCUUUUCACCGCCCCCCCACCCCCCACCCCGCCGCCAUCUCCCCCAUCUCCAGACACUCUGGUCAGCAGCGCAAAGUCUCACUCGCAUUGGAGAGGGUGGGGUGCAGGGCAGGGGCUGACCGGUUGGUCUCGUGCCCAUAGCCAGCUCUCACAGAGAGGUCUUUGGGGAUGCGGCCAGACCCAUUCCGCUCGCUGCACAGCUCACUAAAGACUGGUGAGCUGGUGUAUGGAGCAUGCUCCGAAGGCUCAUCUGAGUGGGACUUGACUAGCGUUAAGACGGCCAGACUGAUGAUCCAGCGACGCAAGUUUACAUCCCACCACAGCUGCUG